AUGGCGGACUCUCUCGACUACAUCAAGAUCUGCGAAAGCUGCCCCGCCGGUGACGGUUGGGGUCCUGCAGUCACCACAGAGACUACCCUCAACGGCGUGCCAUAUGCGCCUUUCUCCAAGGGUGAUAAGCUGGGACGUAUGGCCGACUGGACUGCCGAGGGCAAGGAUAGAGAGCGAGGUGGCCGAGCACAGUACAACAGGAAUUUCCGAGACCAACAAGUCUAUGGCUCUAGCCACGCCAUCACCUUUAAUGCCCCUCCCGCCGAGGACGAAUCAACAUUCUCAGUCGUUAGUAACGUCCGAGACUCGACAAAGUCAAGAUACGGCCGUGGGGCCGUCUUCACUCGUGGCCGUGGCCAACGUGGAGGUCAGGCCGGUACCCGGGGCGGACGAACUCAGCUUCAGAGAGGCGGCGCCGGUGCUGCUGGUCGACAGGGCUACGACAGAGGUGGCCGAUCCAAUGCUGGUCGUGGCGGUCGCCGCUUUGGCUGGAAGGAUUAUGACAAGCCUGCUCGUAACCGAGACGCCAGUAUCAAUGUCAAGGCCGAGUGGAAGCUUCUUGAGGAGAUCGAUUUCAACCGCUUGGCCAAGCUGAAUCUCGACACCGACGAGGGCGAGGAUAUUGAUGACUACGGUUUCCUCUACCACUAUGACCGCUCUUACGACAAGCAGCCUGUCAAGGGUGCUGAGAAGAAGCUCACACCAAUCGACCGUGCUGCCUACAACGUUACCACCUCAUCCGAUCCCGUAAUCCAAGAGCUUGCCGAGAAGGACGAGGCAACUAUCUUCGCCACGGAUAGCAUUUUGUCCAUGCUCAUGUGCUCUCCUCGAUCCGUUUACCCCUGGGACAUUGUCAUCUCUCGACAGGGUAACAAGAUCUUCUUGGACAAGCGUGAUAAUGCCGCUCUUGAUAUGGUGACAGUCAAUGAGAAUGCCGCCGAUGCUCCUCUUGAUGCUGCUGAUGGUAGUAAGGACACCAUCAACCAACCAAAUGCCCUUGCCGAGGAGGCCACCUACAUCAACCAUAACUUCACUAAUCAGGUCGUCAUCGAGAGCGAGUCGUCGAAGGUCACUAUGGCUCACGGCAACCCCUUCUACAAUUCCUCUGAGGAUACCGACCCGCCUGCCAGCAAGGCCUACAAGUACCGACGCUUCGACCUUUCCCUCAACGAGGAGGAGCCUGUCCACCUUGUCGUCCGAACAGAGGUCGAUGCCGUUCAAAGGAACGCCAUCAGUGGCGAGGACCAGCACGUCAGCAUCCAUGCUCUCAACGAGUUUGACAGCAAAGCUCAAGGCAGCGGCGGCGCUCUUGACUGGCGAAGCAAGCUUGUUACCCAGCGUGGUGCUGUUGUUGCGACCGAGAUGAAGAACAACAGUUGCAAGCUCGCCCGCUGGACAGUGCAGAGCAUCCUCGCCAGCGCAGACGUGAUGAAGCUUGGUUUUGUUUCCCGUCUUACACCGCGCUCCAAUGACAAGCACGUCGUAUUGGGCGUUAUCGGCUGGAAGCCCCGCGAUUUCGCUAACCAGAUGAACCUCUCGCUCUCCAACGGUUGGGGUAUUGUUCGCACUAUCGCCGAUAUGUGUCUCAGCAGCGAGAGCCAAGAUGCCAAGUUCGUCCUCGUCAAAGACCCGAACAAGUCUAUCCUCCGUCUGUACGAGGUGCCUGCUGGUAGCUUCGACGAUGAGGAGGAGGAGGAGGAGGAGGAGGAGAUUGAGGAGCCCCAGGGCGAGCAGGAGCAGUAG